CUCAAAAGGGAAGAUCAAGCAUUGCCAAACAUCAAGCAGUACUUUGUUGAGUGUCCUGGACGAGAUGCUAAGUACCAGGCUGUUGUUGAGUUGUACAGCGGGCUGACGAUAGCGUCUUGUGUGAUUUUCACUCAUACCCGAAGAAGCGCGUCAUGGUUAGCGGAACGAAUGAUAGAAAAAGGACAUUCGGUGGGUGUUCUGCAUGGGGAAAUGUCUGUUGAAGAACGUGCUGAAUCGAUUCAACGAUUCAAAGAUGGUGACUUCAAGGUUCUCAUCACGACCAAUGUAUGCGCUAGAGGUAUCGAUGUUACACAAGUGACUAUAGUUAUCAACUAUGAUCCACCGUUGUUAUACGAGAAUCCCUCUGAACCUGACUAUGACACGUACCUUCAUCGUAUCGGACGAACUGGUCGCUUCGGCAAAGCUGGUAUAGCAAUUAACUUUGUGGACAGUCGUGAAGCGCUCGUCAUUAUCAAGAAAAUUGAAGCUUUCUUCGGAAAGCCGAUCCCCAGACUCGACCCAAGUGAUCUCGAGCAGCUAGAAGCUGUAGAGAACGACUGA